ACACGAAAGGGAAAGUGCUGGAAAAUUUGACAGGCUAAUCAUUUUUGUCAAGCUGUAGAACAUGGAGCUCCACAGCUUCCGUAUCGCUUGUAUUUUGCUCGCUUUCUGCCUUGUCAAUUUCAGCAAUGCUGAAGAAACGCAAGGCAAAGAUGCAGGGACACCAGCUUCUGGUUUAAGGACAAGUUUUCCGAUCGGCGACUUCAGGAACUGCAUUUUGAGCGGCUACUCCGCGCCAAGACUUGAAACACUUCCCGGUUUAGGUUGGGAUAAUUUACGAAAUCGUGUAUCGGGAAUGGUAGCAUUGUUCAACUAUUCCCAAUGUCGUACGACCGAGGACGGACGAUAUUUGAUACCGGACGACGUAUUUGUUACACCGAUCAAAGAAAGCAAAGCGUCGCUGUUUUCCGAAAUUAUCGAUCACUGGACUAACUUCACCUCAACGACUUCAACAACGGUCAAUGUUGAAGCUCACGAGUCAUUUUUUGGCAGCAUUAGCGGAUCGUUUUCCUCAGAAUAUAGUGAGAUUAAGACUCACCAGGUGGAAGAUAAGACGGUCACCUCUAGGGUCACCCUGCGAUAUCGAAUGUACGCUGCGUAUCUUCAACCGGAUCCACAACUCCACCCGAAAUUCAAGACCAGGCUUCUGGAUAUUGCCGCGCAUCUUCAGAACAAGAACAUGCGCGUGGCUCGUUUCCUUGCGGAUAUCUUGGUGCGUGAUUACGGCACGCACUACAUCACGCGUGUUGACUCAGGGGGAGUUCUGGCCAAGAUGGAUCACAUUCUGAAAACGUACAUCGCAUCUAAGGACACAACUCGACAGGAAACGAAAGCUUCAGCGAGCGCGUCGUUCUUUGGAACAUUUGGGGCAUCAGGAUCGGUUUCUCACUUAAACACGCACACAGUCAGCGACACAUACAAAAAGAGUGUCAUGGAUUCCUCAGUCUACACCUACGGAGGUCCUCCGAUUCGCGACAAUUUCUCCAUUUCAUACUGGGAGGAAAAUCUCGUAAAUAAUCUCGUAGCUAUCGAUCGGGAAGGAGACCCGUUGCAUUACCUCAUCACAACUGAAGCUCUGCCUGAACUACCCGAGACGAUAACGUUCAAGUUGAGUGCAUUGGUUUUGAAAUCGCUUCAAAGAUAUUACAAAAAUAACGCCAUUACAGGUUGCACUGAUGCGGACUCGCCAAACUUCAACUUCCAAGCGAAUUUAGACGACCAUUCCUGCAAGACACUGUUAACCAAUUUCACAUUUGGAGGAGUUUACCAGACCUGCUCACCAACUGGCUCACCACCUUCCGACCCGUGUGUGGGUUACACGCAGAAAAACCCCAAGACACAAGGAUACAGCUGCCCCGCUGGUUACACGGCUAUCCGCUUACACGAUGGAACGCUGGCUACGCAUUGUCAAACCUCUUGUCAUGGUUGGUGGGUCUUUAGAUCAUGUGACACAAACUGCGGUGGAGGAGUUUACUCAACCUUCUGGUGUGCGGCGGAGGGGAGUGUCCCACAGGAAUCUGGUUAUUUAUUUGGUGGUCUUUACAGUGACACAACUAAUAACAUUAUUACCAAAGCUAAGAAGUGUCCGGUCAAGUACUACCCCCAGAGAUUCGGUCCUAAAGAUAUGUAUGUAUGUAUCAGUGAUGAUUAUGAGCUGGGAGCCCAGUAUAGCAUUCCAUUCGGUGGUUUUAUGAGCUGUUCAGCUGGCAACCCCCUGGCAAUGACCUCUCGUAAAGGUUUGGUUAAGUAUGUCAUGAGUAAUGGACCUCCAGCAUUUCCGAAGCAUUGCCCUCGCGGCUACUCGCAACAUCUGGCAGUGAUUGAUGAGGACUGUGAAAUCAAUUACUGUACCAAAGCAAACUUUUUGACGUCACAAGGACUACCAACCAUCAAGCGACCUCCGUUCCACAGGAAACCCAGUCGAAACAAGGCAGUUAUGUUCCCGCUGAUGAUUGAAAACAAUGACACAAACAAGGUUUUCGUACGUUUUGAUGCCCACAAAGAGAAAUGGAUGGAACUGACUCUAAGCAUGUCAAUGAACAUGUCAUUACGAAAAAUCAACCCAUCAAAAGGAGCUGUUGAAAACCUCCGGGAAAGAAUGGAAGCACAAAAGGAAGAACAAGAAGGCGGCUCAUCGAAGGGUGGCAGCCUGAGCGCAGGUGCAACGGCCGGAAUUACAGUUGGUGUCACGUUAUUGGUCGGGGUAUUGCUCAUCGCGCUGUUCACGUGGCGCCGUCGGAAAAAUCCGUCGCUGAACGUCGACAGCCAGGGGGGCUAUCAAACUUUUAGCCACUCCUAAGCAUAGACAUACUGAGAGUCUGAGAUAUACUUAUUUUCCUCGCCGGGGGGGGGGGCGCUUGUAGAAACUUUUAGGAAUAAUUUUGGUCGUAAUAUAUAGGGAGGAAUAUUUACAAGAAUUCUUGGUGUAAGUUUAACUAGGACGUUUUAAGUUAUCAACUGGAUUUAAGCAUAAUCGUAUU